UUGUCAACCGUAGCUUCAUCCUCUCGCAGCGACGGUCCACUGAACCAGACUAGGCGAACACAAUGGGGCUGUAAUGUCUGCCACUCCUGGGCUCGGAGCAUCUUCUCGUAACCGCCGAGGCUGUAUAUGGAUUUAAUGAUGAUGAAGAAGAAGAAAUUCAAGUUCAGGGUGGAUUUUGAGCUGGAUGAGCUGUCGUCGGUCCCCAUCGUCAACGGUGUCCUCUUCUGUAAAGUCAGGCUGCUGGAUGGCGGAUUCUCAGAGGAGUCUUCAAGGGAGCCGGUGCAGGCCAACUGCGUUCGAUGGAGGAAGCGAUUUUCUUUCCCCUGCAAGAUGAGCGCCAGUGCAGGAACAGGCGUGCUGGACCCCUGCAUAUGUCGUGUGUCUGUGAGAAAGGAGCUGAAGGGAGGAAAGGCGUAUGCAAAGCUCGGUUUUGCAGAUCUGAAUUUAGCAGAGUUCGCCGGCUCAGGAAAUACGACUCGGAGGUGUCUUCUGGAAGGAUAUGAUACCAAAAAUACCCGGCAGGAUAACUCCAUUCUCAAGGUUAUCAUUGGCACACAGCUCAUGUCAGGGGAUCCCUGUUUCAAAACGCCUCCAUCCACAGCCACGGUGAUCGGGAUCCAGAGUGAUGGAGAGAGCCUGCUGGAGGAGAGGAAGGGAGGAGACUCGCAGAAAGGUUUCUCUGGUGAAACUAAUCACGCCACAUCAUCCCUUUUAGUUUAUUGUUUGUCUCUCUUAGGCUACAGCACAGGCCACUCUCGCUCAUCCAGCAUCUCAGAGUUCAGCCACAGGAGAAAUCACUCUGUGGGCAGUGCCUCGACCGGAAUCGGAAGCAUCCCAGAGCCGAGCGAGGAGCGGGAGCCCAAACCCUGUCCGGGUCUGCCUGAACGCCCGGCUCCUACAGCCACCACGAGCAAUACACAGGGCACACCAGUACGCAGUGCCUCGUCCUGUGAGCGACUGAACAGGCAUCCUAUAAAACAGGACUCGAUGGAGUCUCAGCUAAAGAGAAUGGAUGACACCAGGGUGGAUGCUGAUGAUGUUGUGGAAAAGAUUUUACAAAGUCAAGAUUUCACCCCUAGUUUACUGGACUCCAGCGCUGAAGAGGAAGGCUUACGUCUGUUUGUCGGGCCAGGAGGAAGCACGGCCCUGGGAAGCCAUCAUCUUCCCACCAGGGUUGGUGGUGGUGCCUACGAGCAGGUGGUGAUUAAGCGUUAAAGUUUUGCAGCCGCUCAAUGAUGGAAUGAACCUCAUUACACUAUUUAAAAGAAUGGUUUCCAUUUGUAUAUUUUAAUUCCCACAGCACACUGAUUAGUCCCGUGAUCAGCACUGUGUCAAGCCUGAUUUGUGGAUAUAACUAUAGCGCCCCCAUGUGUUUAUUUGUGCCACAUUAUAUACUGUAAUUCAGGAGCAAAAAGUGUUUCUCCUUCAGUUUAAACACAUAAAUUUGCCAAUAAGGGGUUUAAAAUCAUUGCUAACGAAAAUACAAAGGAUUUAAAAAAUAAUUUAUUCUGCUAUUUUACUUCAUGCUCAGUUCUCUGAGCCAAAUAAUUUCACUGUUUGGGUAUAGAUAAGUCCUGUAUGUUUAUGCAUUUCACAUGAAAUCAAGUUUUUUUUUAACUUUAAAGAAAGGAGCUGGAAAUAUGUGCACCUUCAAAGGGAGGUCAAAUGAAGAGCGUUUUCGAUACAUUCCUUUAAUCUCUAAUUGUUUUGGAUAUCCUUUUAAAUAGGAUGUCCUCCUGAUCAUUUGCCUAUGAGCAGCUUAAAGGCUGCAGUCGGCACUGAUAACUGUUUGUUUUUGAAAUAUUUUACUACAGAAAACAUAUGAUGUAAGCUAUUUUAUGUGUGAAUGCACACUGAGUGGGUGAGUAUGUGUGAGGCCACUUUUAUUGAUAGUAGAUAUUGUUGAUGUUGGGUGAAUGAAGGAAUCGUGAUGAAUGUGUCCAGACUGGAAAAGAGAAAACGGGAGAGUAUUGCUCCAUUUGUUUACCAAAAUAUAUAUAUAUAUAUAUCUUUCUUUUUUAAAGAAAAAACAGGCUUGUCUGCUUGAUUUUUCACAAACUUUUAUAGAAAUAGAACCCCUGUUCAAAAAAGAACCAGGCCUAAUUUACCUUAAAUUACCCAUGAUUAUUCAUUACACUUUCUCAGUUCUGGUCACUUAAAGAAAUUCAAAACUAAAAAAAAAUAUCCUGUUAGGAUUAUUAUCUAAAGCUAAAUAUCUUCUACAUUAAGAGAUCUCGUUCUGCUUCAGAUGUACAGAUGUGUAUCUUUGCUGCUCUGCAGAUCAGGAAAAAUAUAUCAACAAACAUUCAUCUUUGACUGAAUAGUUUUUACUUUUGUAAAUCGGAUACAUAUUCUGCUGUUUGUCUCUAAACAACUAAACCACAGAACAAAAUGUUAGGUGAUCCACUGCUAAGACGAAAAUGCUCACUGUUCCUUGCAUUUAUGUGAAAACGGGUACAUUUUAAUAAAUUUUAACAUCAUGAAAAAAAAAAAUCUAUAUAUUAUAUAACUUUGUAUGGUGAAAACAUGUAAAGAUUUGUUGCACACUACAAUAGUGCCUUAAGUGAAUAAAAACCCAGAAUUUAGUUUAUUUAAAACAGUCUCCUAAUCCAAUACGGGAUUUGAAAUAAAUGUUAUCGUCCCUAAAAACAUCUAAAAAAGUCAGUCGGGAGGAGAAAUGACUUUCAGUCAUCCAGCAGGUAGUAGAAGAUACCAUUAGCAAGAACGGUAGGAUGUAAACGGUUGCUGUAAAGGAAGCAGGUUGUUCAAAGAGAGUACAGCAUCCAAAGAUUUUCAGGAAGUUGAGUGGAGAAAAAAAAAUGGCUUGAAAAUUGUAUAAGCAGUAGGAGGAACCACAGCCUGGAGAGCUUCGUGAGGCAAAGCCCAUACAAGAUAUAUUUUUUCAGUUGAAAUGGGAUGUGACAGUCCCUUAGGAUAUACCACACAGAUGUACACAAGACAUCGACUACCACUUGUCAUCUUUCCUUUAUUAAACAACUCCUGAACUGAAUGUGGCCUAGAGGGGGGGAAAAAAAUGUUUGGGCAAUUCCUCUGUAGUCUGAAGUCCUCAAUCUGUAUUAAACAGCUUUAAUUUGAAAAGCAAGGUUUGAGUAUUUUAAGGAAGCGAACAGAACUUGGGUUUUUAGUCACUGUAGGCUAUUAAUCAUCUAAAUUGAUAAAUGCUUGAAAUAUAUCUGAUUAGAAUCAACUGAAAUUUCACUCUUUAAUUAAAUAGCUAAAAUCUCUGAAUUAUAUUUGGAUUUAUUAACAUGUACCUGUGCAUUAUCUUUUCAUACCAAAAGAUUGAGCUUAGUGAUAUCUGUCAAAAGUAGCAGAGAAUAUUAUGUAAUGAAUACAUUUGUGUUGAAAGUUCCCCAUAAUCCUGCUUGGAGUCAGUUUUCAUUUCACCCUUUUAGGGUCUGAAGUUCACAAUACUGUAGAACAAAGUAGCUCAACUACUCAAUGCAUUAUUUUUAACGGGUUGACUGCCUGAAGCAGGCUUGGAGACUAGUGAAAACAGGUUCUGCAGGAUCUUUGUAUCUUCGUCUCCCAUCAAAAGUGAGCAUCUCUAUUCAUAUCUGCACUAGCUUUUGAUGUUUUUGCCAUUUUUAUGACACGCAUGGUUAAAAUUUUGUUAGUUUUGUCAAAUCUAAUAUCAUUUGUCAAAGCCUGGCCCAUUUUAAUGUCCUGUCCCUUAUAUUGUGCCGUCCAUUGUUAUAUUGAAGAAAUAAUUGUUUGCUUCUUUAUCAUCAAAGCAUAAAUUUGUUCUCAUAAAUGCCGAUAUCUGCCCCAGUGUUGAAGUUGUUGAAAAAUCUAUUUUUGUUGUAUUUUUAUUAUUUUAAGCAAGUUUUUUUUUUUUACAUAUAUACUUUGUUGCUGAUGUGACAUUUUUAAUAAAUGUCUGAAAGUGAAGUGUCUUUUUCAUAAGGAAAUCAGUAAUAAAUGUCUAAACUCUGGCUGCCAGAUGUCUCGGUCAGAAGUUGUUGUUUUUUUUUUUGUCUUUUAUUUUGGAAUAAAAUGUUUUAACCUGUGUCAAACAGGUGUGUUCAUCUUGGUACCUAACAUGUUACAAACAUGGCUGCUUUUUCUCUUCUGUGAAGCUGUUGUCUAAUUAAAUCUAAUCUCUUGUAAAGUGAUGUUCUGUGAUGUUCUGACACUGUUGAGUGUUCUCUGUUACAGACUUGUUUUUUUGAGACUGCUUCCUUAAUGACUGUAAUAAAUGGCAAAGUGUCUACCAAACACUGUUAAAUAAAACAGUUUAAAAC